AUGCCUACUACAGCCGAAUUUCCACUCCUCCAAGUCACGGAACUCCAUCCAACAUUUGCCGCAGAAGUAACGGGUCUCAAUUUGGCGAAGCCAAUUCCGGACGAUGUCUUUCAAGAGAUUGUUAGUGUCAUUGCAAAGUACGGCGUAGUUGCCCUUCGCGAUACCGGACUAGAUGAUACAACCCAUGUUGAGUUCUCGCGGCGAUUUGGGGAACUGGAUGAUAUAAGGCCAUAUAUGCAGAAAGGUCCAGGCCGCAAACUUCGCUAUGAACACCUCGAGCUUUUUGAUGCGGGCAAUGUCAAUGAUGAUGGAAACCUUCUCACACCCGACCACCCAAGAUCUCAUUAUAAUAAGGGAAAUGGCUUGUUCCACGUUGACUCCUCUUUCAACCCCCGCCGAGCCUCGUACUCCCUCCUCAGAGGCGUCGUUCUCCCACCUUCAGAAACCGGCGGCAAUACAGAUUUUGCUGAUACACGAACUGCCUUUGAUGGGCUACCGGAAGAUCUCAAAAAGACAUUGAUCGAGAAGGACUAUGCCGUGGCACACUCGAUCCACCAUUCCCGCAAAGUCGCUGAUCCUGAGUUCUUCAAAGACUUGGACCCCACGACUAUCAAGAUGUCCAAGCACCGACUUGUCCAGAAGCACGAACCUUCCCAGCGAAUGAAUCUCUACGUUGCAGCACAUGCACAUCAUGUGGAAGGGCUGCCAGAAGCGGAAUCUACAGAAUUAUUGAAGACCCUAAUGGAACACGCAACCCAGGACAAGUACACAACCAGUAUUUCGUGGAAGCAGCCGGGCGACCUAAUCGUCUGGGACAAUACGUCCGUCAUGCACAGAUCCGGCAAGUUUGCAGGUGGAUAUGUAAGAGAUAUGCGGAGGACGACGGUCCAUGAUGGCAGCCCGACGGCUUGGGGCCUGAACCAGAUGGGUGAGAAGAAGGGUGGCUUUGCUGUCGAUUCUAAAGGCAUGGUUGCAAUCCCAGCGGAGCCAGUUGCCGUAUGA